CUGGACGGGUGAGUGGGUGGGGUGUCUGUCAGACAAGGGUGGUGCUGGCAUCAUUUUUCCUCUCGCACAUUACAGAGGUCUGGAUCAUAUUUAAAACACGUGUUACUGUUCUCUGGCUGUGUGCGGUUUUGCAGCUCCAAAGAGGAAGACACUGAUGGGGGAUUUAACAGGCAGGCGACCUGAUCACUUGACAGAUGGACAUUAAAAAGGAAGACAGGAACACACAAGCAAAUAAAAAGGCACACUUUGAGGCAUCAGGACCAGCAGCAGAGAGAUAUAAGGUCAGGCACUAAGACAGACAUACUAACUUCUCAUAGCUCUUUCAGACCUUAGAAGAAAAAGUUGUGUGGCCAUUCAUGUACGUCAGGGCCUUUUUUUUUUUUUUUUGGACAAACCACAUUAGGAUCUGGAGAGCUGAGGGGUGACACAGGGAAAGUUUAGCAUACAAAUAUUGUAACCACUGAAAUUAGCAGUUAAGGGAAACCAGACGCAAGCAGCCUUUUCAGGAGGUGGGAAGAAAAGAGUUUGAACAGAGAGGAAUUUUUUCAGAUCAUCUAUAUUGAAGCCCUGUAAUACUUCAAAGGCCUUCAAACCAACUGGACAAAACAGAGAGUGUCUUUAAGGAGAUUUUAAGGAUAUCUUGACUUUUCUGAGGUAAUUUUCAACUUCUAGUAGUGUUGUUAUUUAACUGGACACCUCAGGUUCUGCAUCAAAGCUUCAGCAGUAAGAGUUACACAUUUUAAAGCCUCUUUAGUCUUCUCCAUUUGGCUGGUGUGCUGUGACAGGUUAGGUCUGGCUCACACACACACACACACACACACUCUCUCUACUGUGCAGCUGGAAGAUCAAGAGUUUGUGUUGCACAUACCUGCGCUGGGAAGACAGAGUGUGUGUGUGUGUGUGUGGUCUGAGGAACUCAGCUGGUCUGGGAAACAGAGUCAGAGAGGCAGUCGGUUCUGAGUGCUUCCUGCCAGCAGUAAAAGGAGACAAGUUCAUACUGCUGAGUGAUUCUCAGAGAAAGCGAGCGAAACCAAGGGAUGAUGAUGAAGAUGAAACAGACCCUGUGCAGACUCUCUUUCUUGGUGACACUGGUGGUGGAGAUGAGCUGGAUAAAUGUGGGCCACAGCAUGCACACGGAGGGAGGAAGAAGGGCAAGUAUGGUAAUGAAGCAGUGGGAAAGGAAAGUACGGUCAGCCUCCAGCCUGGAUGAGUUGCUGAGACUCACAGACUUUCCUGACUGGAAGUUGUGGAAGUGUCGCCUGAGACUGCAGCAGCCAGAGACCCAGACAGAGACCCUCUCCUCUCCACCCUCAGUGGGGUCGCACCGCUCUACACGUUACGCUGCAGAAUCUUACAGCCUGGAGAUUCUUAAAGCCAUAGAUGAAGAGUGGCAGCGGACUCAGUGCAUGCCAAGGGAAACAUGCGUCGACGUGGCCAAGGAGUUAGGCACUGACCCCUCCAUGUUCUUCAAGCCUCCUUGUGUGUCCAUCCACAGAUGCAGUGGUUGCUGCAAUCAAGAGGGUGUCACCUGCAGAAACACAACUACUGUAUAUGUGAAUAAAACUGUCCUUAGUGUCAUUCCAUUCAAGUUUGUACCAGAACCCGUGCUAAUAAAAAUAGCUAAUCAUACAGAGUGUAGGUGCAUGGAGCCCGCCAUAAUACGACGUAAUGCUCAACCUCACAGGAGCAGUGGCUGCUCUCUGAUGGGCCAGCUGUCAGAGGCAGAGGACUCCAGGAGACUGUGUGCCAGUGGGUUGAUUUGGGAUUGUUCCAGUGACAGAUGUAUACCUUACCCUUCCAGUAUACCAGAGUUUCCUCUCAGUUCAUGGAUGCCCGACUGUGAGAUAGAUGUGGAGCGAUGUGAUUGUCUUCCUAGACCUGUGCCAACUCUGCAGCCAAGAGGCUGCCAACUCAACUCUUCCACCUGUGCCCACAGGCAUCAACAUUUCGAUCAAGCCUCCUGCAGUUGCAAACGGCCCAAGUAGAAGUCCAUGGGGGGGGGAUGAAUUACGACAACCUGCUUGCCAAGGAAGUUUGGAGGCAGAGAAAAAAGGCUCAUAAUUUAUUUACAGUCCUAUUUAUGCUGAUCAUUUUAACUAAUUAAGAUGAUAUUAACUUACAAGACCAUGUUAAUUGAUUAUUUUUUUUACAUGCUUACCUUAUGUUUCAAUCAAUGUGUCAAGUUUAUAUUUUGUACAUUUGUUCUUUGUGCACUGAAUAUGUAGUUUAUAUUAAAAGAUUAUUUUUAUAAUUUGAAUUUGAUAUGAAUGUAUGCAUUAUUGCUCUAACUGGACAUUUCCCCAAAUCUCCACCUUCUGACAAACUUCACAUACUUAUUUCCACUUGUUCAAAAUAACUGGGUACAGAACUCGCUUUGCAGCCAACUUGCAUACUUUAUUUGCAACAAGCUAAGUAAGCUGAGACCAUAAAGAAUCUAUAAAAAAUAUUUUCCCUCCUUGGAAAUAUUCAUGUUUUUUCGUGAUUUUCUUUUUCUGUUCCAACAGAAAAAGAUUCUUUAAUGUCCAACAGAUUACAUAUGAAACCUUUAUCACAAUUAUAUAUAAUAUAAAACAUAAGAAGUCACAUAAUCAGUUCAACAGAGAUCACCUGUGAGACAUCAGAGGCUCUCAACUGAUUACAUUAUAAAUACAACUGAAUCUGGAGGGCCUGUGAGGCUAGAGAUUAAAACAAGUGCAUUAAUGCACAAUGCAAUACAGGGAAAAUUCUGAAGGAAAAACUGACCUGUAACUUGAGAGAAGAUUUGUUUUCCAGCAAAACAAGGAGCCCAAGCAUAAAGUCGUAAAUGUCCUUGAGUGGCUGCUGACUCAGAAUCCAGAUCUCUGGAAAAGGUUGUUCAUUCACAAACCCCAUGCAGCCUGAAAGGGAAACCAGGAACAUGUGCAAAGCUAAUAGAGACCUGUCCACAAAGACCCAGGACUGUAAGUGCUGCCGAAUGUGUAUCUGCUGAAUACUGACCUGGAGGGAGUGAGUACUGUUGACAAUAAGUAUUUUAUAUUUGCCAAUAAUUUAGAUCACUUUGUAGUGUCCUGAUUUCACUUUGACAGGUUUUCUCCUGCUGAUCUGUGUAAAAAAUAAAAAAAAUAAUCUGCUUUGGUUCAGUGUUGUAAGACAAUAAGACAAACUUUUAUAGGCACUCUACAAGCUAACAUGAGAUGAGUCCUGCUACAUUGCUAUCUAUUCAAUACCUGUGAACUUUUUGUUAGCCAGAUGGUGGCAGAGAAGAUGGCAAUCUACACCUCAGUAUGAUUUGUGUUUGUUAUAUGUUAUGUAUUUGAGCCUCCAGAUGAAAGUCAAUCGUCUCUAAUAAAGUUUAAAGAUCUGCAGCAGAAACAACAUGGCUUAUCAGAAGACAGAGUGGAUUGUAAACACAGCUUCUCAUAAAACAGAACCAUCAUUUGUAAAUGUGUUUAUUUUACUGUUGCUGCUUGGUGAAUGUAUUGAUUUCCAGUCUGGUAUUCCUAUUUUUCCCUCAUGCUGCUGAUCCAUAAAAUGUAACAUUUAAGUGUA